AUGGCAAUGGAGAUCUCUUCGGAGGAGGAAGCGGCACCGGAUGCCGUCGGCUCUUCCCUCGGUCUUGCAGGAGCUGUCGUUGCCUCUGAGUCCAGCUCUUCCAGCAGACAAGGCACGUUUGGCCUGCAAGCUUCUCUUCGGCGGUUCUUCCAGCCCUCUCACCCAGAAGCUCAGAAGCCAGUGCGGUUCCUUCCCGGCAAGCAGGGCGGUCGGCCCCUCUCUCGCGAGAUGAAGCAGAUCAUCGCUCAAGUGGCUGAAAAGCAAGCUCUCGAACAGAAAGCUCUCGACGAAGCUUUGAUAGCUCGAGAGAGCGAAGUGCAAAGCAAGAAGCGGUACUACGGAGGCCGCCCCAAAGGCAGGAGCUCUGGGAGAAGCGAUCUCCCAGUUGCCGUGCGGGCAACUCUCGUGCAGGAGAUGGAACUCGCUGUUGCAGGCGACCGCUUCUCUGACGAAACGGAGUUCUUCAGUUACUUCGCCAAGAAGUUCGCUCUGCCGAAGAAGCGAGUCAAGACUCUGUGGCUGCAGCGGAGCUUGGUCAAGAAGACCUCUCAAAAGAACAAACUCUCACGCAAACCCCACCGCUACACUGGUGCCAAGGGCACCAAGAGGUCGCAUCUCAAGCGUUCGUACAGAGGCUUUCGUCUGCCAGGAGCGGGUCGGAAGCACUCUUUCCCCGACUUGGUGGACAAGGCUCGUGAGUGGUUCAACGAGAUGCGCUCUUACGGGAACCAGGUGCUUCGAGUGGACCUCUACAACUACUACAUCCACUUCAUGGAGAUGGACAAGAUACGGGUGCAGGCGGAUCUCUCUGAUCCGAAGCUGCUGCAGCCAAAGCGGACGCCUCUGCAGGUGAGGCUCUCGGAGCUGGACAAGCAGCUGGCCUCUCAGAAGAAGAGCGACAAAGCCAAAGAGUCUCUGAAAGGUCGUCUCGAGAAGUGGUGCUCUGCAAGGAACUUGAGGCCUCACCUCGUCACCAAGCUCACGCCUCUCCAAGAGCAGUCGAGAUGCCACUUGACGUGGCAAUCUUUCGACAGGGCUCUCUGGCUUGCUGCCUGCUCUGACGAGGAGACUCUGGGGAAGCACGUCUCUAAGCCAAAGCAGUUCUUGGAACACAGAGCCUCUCUCGCGAUCCUGUUCGCCGAUCAAAUUCCGCUCUGGAUAAAGGCGGGUGCCGAGAGGUCUCUCUUCGCCGAGUGGGAGCGAAAACCCACCUCUCAGGCGGCUCUCCGGCAGGACUUGGCAGCUCUGCACGACAAGCAACUCUCCGGGCAGGCGGACGUGGACUCUGGUCUGGUUGUGCAGCACCCAGACUCUUCCGGAGAGCCUCUCGCGGACCGCUUCCGCCUCACUUACGAAGCCCGGCAGGUCUUGUUGAACUACAACUCUCCGGGAACGCCGCCGACUGGCCUCUGUUACAAAGGUCUCAUCAUCAUCAGCGGGCCUCAUGCCAGACUCUCGAACAUCUCUCAAGACGGCAAGUGGCUCUGCGAUGAGACCUUUGAGUGGAGAGGGAACCUUGUCUCUCACAAGAAGGGCACCUCUGUUGGCAGGCUCAUGGAGCCAUGGAGAGCUCUGCGAGCCCAGAAGCCGCACCUCUUUGAGCACGUCUCUGUGAUGAUGCAACCGAGCUCUAAUGCCGACAGCAUCAUACUCUCCUGGGUGGCCCAGGAACUCUCAGAGGCGUUUCCAGCUCUGCUGGUGCAGAGGGACUGCCUGGGAGCCUCUUUCACAGAGUCUGUCUCUGGUGCCCACUUCUUGGGGAACACGAUCCAGACUCUGGUCGCUCCGAAGAUGACGGCCUCUCUCCAGUUGACGGACACAGACUUCUCUCGCAGAUUCAAGUCUCUGUGCCGCACCUCUAUGGCGGAGAGGAGGUCUCUGGGCCAGAAGGCUCUGACAGAGAGCGGCAAAUCCUCUGUCUGGGCUGCCUCUGUGGAGGACAUCUGCGAGACCAUCGUCUCUGCCCAGAAAGCCUGUGCCGAGGAUGCCUCUGACUGGGUGCUCUCAGGGCUUCGGCGGAAUGGCAUGCUGGCCUACCGCCCUCUCGACGGCAAGCUCCAACCGGCGGAGCUCUCCACGCCCUCUUUCAAGGAUGGAAUCCCCUCUGAACCAGACUGGUCUCUGAUUCCUGGCACGGCUGCUGCCCAGGAGCUCUUGGACUGGGACGUCGCUCACGGCGACAAGAACUCUGAGGAGGACUACUUCUGUGACAUGGACUCUCUGCCACCAACUCUUCGGUGGAACUGCUUCGAGAGCGGCGUUCUCAAGCUCCCGCCAGCUCUCUUGCAGAAAGCCUGGAAGAGGGAAGCUUCUCUCGCGGUGGAGGAGAAAGCGAGAAUCCUCGCAAAGAAAGCUGAGAGACAGCUCGUCUCUCAAGCCAAGCGGUCUGUCUCUGAGAAGUUCAAAGAGGCGAUGCGGCUCAAGCUGAAGGACAUCUCUCGCCAGCAAGCUCUCGCUCUCCACGUCCCUGAAGCAGGGAAGGCGAAAGCCAAAGCGAAGCCUGCCUCUGGGAAGGCCGGCUCUCUGACGAAGGCUCUGAAGAAGGGACUCAAGAAGAACUCUCUAAAGAAAGCUGCCGCUCUGUUGGCGGGCUCUCAGAAGAAGGUCCAGGAGCUGACCUCUGCACCAGAGCCUCCGAAGACUCUGCAAGGCCCUCUCUUCGGCAAGCAGGUCCGCAUCGUGGCGGAGCUCUGGCCCUCUCACCUUGUGGGCCAGGAGGGCAAGGUCUCUUCGCACCUCUCUCAGAAGCUGACUCUGCCGAGCUUUGGUCUGGCCUGUGCAACUCUGAACCUCUCGGAGAAGGAUGUGAUGCCUCUCUCCGAGAGCUGGAAAAAUUCUCUGGAGUGGCAGCCUCUGCGGCUCUCCAGACUCUUCAAGAAGGAGGUGCUCUUGAACUGUGGUCUCUGGUGCGAAGACGAGUCUUUCGUGCCGGAGCCCGUGGAGGUUACUCUUGCCAAGAAGCCGAAGAUGCUCUUGGACCAGCAAAUGAAUGAGAGAGUAGAGAGCCUCUCGGACGUGUUCUUCGUGGACGCCUUCCUCUCCAGCUUUCUCUUGCAACACGAGAAAAAGGAGUACCUGAUCGCUCACCUACAGACGCAAUGGCAGGAGCACAACCUCCUCUUCGUUCCGAUCUACACACGGAAGCCAGACCACUGGACGCUGCUCGUCCUCCAGAAGGGCUCUGAGGGCGAACCGCCCAAAGCUCUCCUCGCCGACUCUCUGAAGAAAGACAAAGCUCCGACAGCAUGUGCAAAUGAGCUGAAGGGUCUCUUAGCCGACGUGGACAAGUCGCCUCUCACCGACUACCCGACGGUGACCCAGACCUCUGACGACUGCGGCUUCUUCUGUCUCGCCGUGAUGGUGGAGUACCUCUCCCUCCGCCGUGGCGAAGGGCCCAAGCAGAGGGGCUCUCAGCACUCUCUAGUGGCGGAUCUGAAGACCAAACUGUCGACCUUCACCUCUCAGCUGAAGGCCGAAGUCAAAAAGCUCUCGGACGAGAAGGAGGAAUAUCUCAUGGACCAGGCCGCCCAGGCGGAGAAGGGCGAACUCUCGGCUUUGCAGAAGGCUGCUCUCAAGGUCCUGAAGGAAGGUGCUCCACCGGAUGUCUCUGAUUUGGGCAAAGAAGCCCUCGUGGACAUCGAGCGGAUCAAGACUCUCGGAGAUCCAGGGGUGUGCUCUCGCUGUCACUGGCAGAGCGGCUGUGCCUCUUGCGAUGUCUUUAAGUGCACUCGCUUCCACGUGCGAGAGCUCUGCCGCACUCUGGGCAAGAAGCCCCCAGCUUGGGCUCUCUGA